UGGUCUUCGAUCGCCCUUCUUAGUCUUCGCGUCCGGACCUACGCACCCAAAACAGAUCCCUCGUCCCUCGCCUGCCGCCCUCUCCUCCCUCACUCGGAUCUCACCUUCGCGGAGUUCUCAUCCCAGAUCUUCGCUCGCCAAGAGCACCAGGUGCUUUGGAUAUAGCAAUGAAUUUUCUUAUACGAACUGCCCAACCAAUUAUUCCAGAGGUAUCCAAGGUUGUGGAGCCAGAACAAAACAAGGUUUCGCAACCUACUAUUAAGCGAACCACCACUUUGGAGGGCCUUAUAGCAGAAGAACCAUAUCCAGGUCAUUCUGUAGGGGAUGACAUCAAUUCAGACAAUAUUGGAUCUGGUUUUAUGGGUAGCUCAAUGGCAAGUUCAACUUUCAAAAAUCAAGUUCCUAUUGGAGACUACACUGAUGUCUCAAAAGAUAAUGGGUGGAUUACAAUUCCAUACAAAGAGCUUCUGGAUAACUGGCAUGAGGCAGCAGAUAUACAACAGAUGAGGUCGUUAGACCGUUCUUUUGUUUUUCCAGGGGAACAUAUUCAUAUACUCGUUUGCCUAUCUGCACAUAAAAGGGAGCCGGAAAUCAUCACUCCAUUUAGAGUUGCUGCUGUAAUGGCUAAAAAUGGCAAAUCCAACCCAAACAAAGUGAAACCUGUUGAAACUAAUGAAAAAAUAUCUAGCUCAAUCAGUUUGAAUGGGGUGGUAAGUAACACUGCUGGAGAAACUUCUGAUCAAAAUGCAGAAAAUAAUGGUCAUAGUUCAGGUGUCUCUAGUCCUAAAGAUGAUAUCUCAGCAGCUGAGAAUCUGCGCAUGGAGUUCCAUAAACAACAAACUGAGGAUAUACUUGAAAGUUUUAGAAAUUCAAAUUUCUUGGUAAGAAUUGCUGAGGCAGAUGAACAACUAUGGUCUAGAAAGAAUACCUCUUCUUCAAUGAUUCCUGAGCUAGUAGGGGGGAGAAGCUAUUCUGAUGGAGGAUUAAAAAGCAUUCCAAAGUCAAAUUUUUUCAGUGUGGUUGUUGAUAAGGGUAGGUUCGAUGGCAACACAUCUGGAGGAGUGGCUAGAGAUACUGCCCGAUGCUACUCUCUGUCCAAUGGCGACAUAGUAGUUUAUUUAGAAGUAAAUGUUGGAAUUAAGAAUUUAAAAGAUCCUGUCCUUGAGGUUAUUCAAUUUGAAAAAUAUAGAUCUGAUACUUCUAUUGAGGAUCAUUGCAAUUCCUUGGUUGCAAGCCAUAAUGAUCCUUGUCGGGAACUUCUUAAUUGGCUGCUACCGCUGGAUUCCACACUGCCCCCUCAUUUACUAUCAUCUCCUUCAAGCUCAAGUAUAUCAAAAAAGCCAACAAAUCCUGCCACUGGGUCACAAAUUUUUUCUCUAGGUCAUUUCAGAAGCUAUUCUAUGCCUUCACUUCCCCAAGUCUCUGGAUCUCCUUCUGUUGGCUCACUUUCGAAUCCAAAUCCUUCUAUUGACCUUGAAGAUUUUAGCCACAUUUCUACUGAGAAGCUAAUAAAGAGUCAGGAUUCAGGAAAUGUGGGUCUUUUAUCAUUUCGAGGUGUUCCACUGGAGCCAGAACGUUUUUCUGCACAUUGUGGCUUGGAAGGCAUUUAUUUACCUGGCUGGAGAUGGCGAAGGAAACUUGAAAUUAUUCAACCAGUUGAAAUACAUUCAUUUGCUGCAGAUUGCAACACAGAGGAUCUCCUUUGUGUUCAAAUAAAGAAUGUUUCUCCAGCUCAUAUACCAGAUUUAAUUAUCUUCCUGGAUGCAAUAAGUAUUGUCUCUGAGGAGGCAUCAAAAGGAGGUUCACUGAUAUCUGUACCUAUUGCUAGUAUUGAGACAGGAAAUGCUCACAACUUACCAAACCUUUCGAUCAGGAGAGGUGAGCAACACUCAUUUAUUCUCAAAUUGGCAACUAUACCAUGUAGAGAUCAAAAGGAGGACGUGGAGAUGAUUCCAUAUUCAAGAAAAGGUUCAGCUGGAUCAAAAACAAAAAAAAAAUCAAGUACUAGUGAUGGGAUGAUGGUUUCUUCUGCUGCAAAUCAGUUUGCCAUUUUGGUAUCUUGCCGUUGUAAUUUUACUGAGUCAAAGUUGUUCUUCAAGCAGGUAACAAAUUGGCAGCCACGAAUUUCAAGAGAUCUUAUGAUUUCAGUGGCAUCAGAGACUAAUAAGAGAACUGGUACCCAAAGUUUUGGGGCACCUCAACUUCCUGUUAAGGUGUUAACACUGAAAGCUUCGAAUUUAACACAUAAAGAUCUUACUUUUACUGUUCUUGCUCCAGAAUCAGCUAUUUCUCCUUCAGUUAUAUCAUUAACUUCUACACCAAAAACCCUAAAGGAGUCAUAUGCUGCUAUUCAUGAUUAUGCUAGAAAAUUGGGUGGGGAUAAAAGUGGAAGUGGGCUUCAGAGUUUGAGUUCAUUGUAUAAUUCAAGCACACAACAAACAAAUACAUUUGAAGGUGGAAAGGUAGCAGAUUCUCUGGAGCGAACAUCUAUAAUAUCUGAUGUCAUUUCAAACAACUCAGGCUUUACUCAUCUAUGGUUACAGAGUGCUGUUCCACUUGGAUGUAUUCCUGCACUAUCAAGUGCUACAGUCAAACUUGAGCUUCUCCCCUUAACUGACGGGAUAAUAUCACUUGACACUUUGCAGAUAGCUGUUAAGGAGAAAGGUUUGACAUUUGUGCCAGAGCAUUCUAUAAAGAUCCAUGCAACUUCCAGCAUUUCAACCGGCAUCUUAUAAUACAUUUGAACCUUCAAACACGAAAUCGGUGGCAUCAUUUUUACGUUGUGGUGCAUCAAUUUGCCCCGAUGGUUCACUACGAGAUGGCUGAUGGCUCAUCAAAAGGGUCACUUUUAGGUUAACUGCUGAAACAGAAGGCAUAUUUAUGAUUUUGGUAUGCCUUCAGUCCAUUUCUUGGGAUCAGUGGUCAAGGUUCUUUCACUGUUUCAUGCAUGUUGUAAACUCCUUUAAAAAACACCUGCUUCUUGAUUCAGGUUGUAAAAUGAAACCUCAGGAUUUUUUUUUUUUUAUAGCAGCCAUUCAUUUUGUUAUUAACUGUGCGAAUGAGGUUAUUUGGUUGAAAUCCACGGAAAUGAUUGUCUAAAACACUUAAAAUUUUCUUGAGAAUGAUCUGCUCUAUUGAGUCUAUCUGCCCCCAA